AUGAGCGCCAAACAGGAUAAGAAUGGAUACGCCGCCCUGCAGGGGCGAAAGGACCAGGAGGCUGGGGGCCAGGCCGCUGCCACGCCCAAGAAGAAGGUCUAUGCCUCCUGCGCCACGUGCGCGAAGCGGAUCCUCCUGGACUCCGUCCUCAAUGUUCUGCUUCUCACAGUGCCUUUUGGCAUUGCAGCUCCGAGACUACACUGGAGUGACCAGGCCGUGUUCGCACUGAACUUCCUAGCCAUCCUCCCGCUCGCCAAGAUUUUAGGUGCUGCGACGGAGGAGCUGUCCGACAGCGUCGGGGAGACGCUGGGGGGCCUGCUGAACGCAUCUUUUGGUAAUGCAGUGGAGAUGCUGCUGUCAGUGUUCGCGCUCCGAAAGGGCCUCGUGAGCGUGGUCCAAGGCAGCUUGCUGGGAAGCAUCCUCAGCAAUCUUCUCCUGGUGCUUGGCAUGUGCUUCUUCUUUGGCGGCAUCAAAUUCCACAAGCAGAAGUACAAUGCCGACGGCGCCCGUGUUCAAUCCAACCUCCUGCUGCUGUCGGUCCUAGCAAUGGUGAUCCCUUCGCUGGUGGGUCUGGUAACCAGUGAGGAGGGCGUUUCUCUCGAAAUGUCAAGAGGUGCCGCAAUCAUCCUGGCCGUUCUGUAUGGUCUCUAUUUAGUGUUCCAGCUGCGCACGCACAAAGAUUACUUCGAGACGGAGCAAGACGAGGGUGCUGAUGGCGAAGAGGAGCCGAUGCAUCCCGGAGUAGCAUCACUGCUGCUGUUGCUGGUGACUCUCCUGGUCGCGGUAUGCUCCGAGGGGCUCGUCGAUAGCGUCGAGGGCAUUACCCGGGAGAUGGGCAUCUCAGAGCAUUUCAUCGGUGUCAUUCUCCUGCCAAUCGUGGGGAAUGCAGCAGAGCACCUGACAGCGGUAGAUGUGGCGAUGAAGAACAAGAUGGACCUCUCCUUGGGCGUUGCCUUAGGUUCUUCGUCGCAGAUUGCCUUGCUGGUCGUUCCUUUCACGGUGUGGGCCCCGUCUACCUCGUGCAUGUCCAAUGCAGGGCCGACAAGUCGUUUUAAACAGGUACAGGCUUUGAACACCCACUGCGUUGCCAGGAUUCAGAGAGGACUAGGCUAA